UAAACCAAAACACUAAAUCUGCCAAGAUAAAAUUUCCUGGAAAAGCUGUGUGAGGUUUGACAUGCUCUGUUUCAGUGUCAGAGGCGAUCUGCAGUGUUUGUCUUGUGUUUACAGAAGCUCUUUUAAUCAGGCCUUGCAUGUUUCUGCUUCACUCUGUGUUUAUAUUUCAUGCCACAAUAUAUACUGACGAAUUUAUCAGCCGCUUGUCUUGGCUUCAUCUCAUUGUUUUCUAGGAUCAAGUCUGCCCGCACUAUUACCUACAGCCAGUUCAGAGAGGCGCUGGCGGAGCUGGCCAGAAAACGCUUCAAAGAGAAGAGCAGCGAAGACGCCGCCGAGGAGGUUUACAAGAUGAUCGAAGGAAAAUCCCCCGUCAUUGCAGGAGUCACGAGAGCCGUAGCGUCCCCGACCGUCUCCCGCCUGACGGACACCAGCAAGUUCACCGGCUCCCACAAGGAGCGUUUCGACGAGACGGGCCGCGGGAAGGGGAAAGCCGGCCGCGUGGAGCAGCUGGACACAUCUGGAUACGUCUCUGGAUACAAGCACGCAGGCUCAUACGAGAAGAAAACCCAGAAGCCUCCUCAGAAACCCCUGUGAGAUCCUCCAGCAGCAGCAGAAGAUUUAAAGCACAAAGGGAUUUUUCCUUUUUGUAUUGAGGGUACGUCUGUUUAUCCCCCCCUGGUGAAUAACCUGUUCCUCUUCCUAUAAGUGUUUUAUUUCUAUUAACUGGAACGCUGUUUACAUCCGACGUCACCAGCUGGUACGUUCCUAACAAAACCCCCAUGAUGCCAAGAGGAAAGUGACUACAGUAUUGCUCUGGAGAUUGACAUCAAAUGCUCACUUCGAUGUUUGGGGCUUUUUUUAAAGAUGCAGUGGAGUCAGGCCUGAAAUAUGCUUUACAUGCAAACAUUUCAACUGUGCAAGUCUGAGCUUGCAAAAAA